AUGGGAACCAGUGUGAACACUAAAGAAGACGACUCAUUUUUCGUCUGUGAUGUCAGAGACAUCGUUCAGAAGGUGGAACUCUGGCGCCAGCACCUACCGCGCGUAACACCUUUUUACGCCAUCAAAGCUUGUGGAGACCCAGUUCUUCUUGCUGUCCUAGCUUCCCUUGGAGUGAAUUUUGAUUGCUCAAACACGAAAGAAAUCAGGACUAUUCUGGAAAUGGGUGUCCAUCCGGAUCGCAUUAUUUACGCCCACACUGUGAAAAGCACAUCUCACGUGAAGUUCGCUGAGGAACACGGUGUCACACUGAUGACUUUUGAUUGCAUCGAGGAAUUGCACAAGGUCAAAGACAAGAAGGCCAGAUUGCUUCUUCGAAUAAAAAUUGACGACGAGGAUUGCAACGUAUUGUUCCAGUUGGUAUCCAUCCAUGAGAACCCGGAGAUAUUUAGCCGCGCAAUAGAGCGGGCCAGGAUCGUGUUCGACAUAGCAGCAGAUAUUGGAAAACCUAUGUCGGUGCUGGACCUCGGAGGUGGUUUUCCAGGUGCACUGCGUGGGGAUCAUAAGUUCAUGCAGACCUGCGAGUGCAUCAGGCGGUCAAUCGAUGAACACUUUCCGGAAUCAAGUGGAGUGCAGAUCAUCGCGGAGCCGGGCCAGUUCUUCUGCACAUCUGCAUACUUCCUCGUCCUGAGAGUCGUUGGCAAAAGACGCAAUGACGUAGUAAUCGACGGAGUUUCUCAUCGACAUCAGGACGUCUUUCUCAAUGAGAGCAAGAACAACUGUAUUUCUCAAAUCUUCGACUUCUGCGAAGUGAAGAUAAUGCCGCUGGAGGAGCCUCGGGAGAGGCCCAUGGAGGUGUUGACCACCCUGUGGGGUGGUACGUGCUACCCCCUAGACCGCAUCGAUGAUAUGAAGCUGUUCUUUGACGUAAACGUCGACGAGUGGCUGGUCAUGGACAACAUGGGCGCCUACACGUUGAGCUUUGUCUGCGGUUUCAACGGAACCGGAUUUCCCACUGUUCACUACAUAGCACCACCUUCGUCCGUAAAUCUGGUUCAUCAAACUGUUGAACGUUCUCCCAUACGCAGUGGCUACCUCCAGCCACAAGAAGCUCUCAAAAUGAAGCGUCUACGGGACAAAGCAGAACUUGUGAAGGGGAACUACUGUACAGUCAUGUGACGUCAA